ACAUCUGCUUCAGUGGCAUUCUGUCUGUGUCAGUACGAAGGUGUAGUCAAUAACGUUGGGAUACUAUUUCUUCUCCAUAUCUGCAAAUAACUAGACAUGGCGGCCGGUGCAGGCAUGGGCGGUGUAACAGAGACACACACCACCACCACCACCACAACCACAUCAUCACCACCUCGGGGGUCGGGCGGGGUGUUGUGGCUCAUCAUUUGGCUCGUGCUGCUCAUCCUCGUGCUGAUGUUCGUGUCGGGCUUCACAGCGUGGCUCUACAUCGUCAUCAUCCCCUUCAGCACCUGCUUCCCCCCCCUGGCGUACGUGACGGACUUCUUGCUGCUGGUGACACAGCUGCCCUACUACUGCGCCUACAACAUGAUGCAGCAAAACACUCUAGCGCAGGCCAUGCCCCUCUUCGGUAACGCCAAGCCCCCCACCGUCCACAGUUUGGCAUAACCUUCCCCCUACAGUCUGCAGUCUGGCAUAGGGGUUUGUGUCCUUAGCCUCUGUCUUUAGUCUGGCUUAAGUGCACCGUGCACAGCCUGACUUAGGUUCUCCUCCGCUACUUACAGUCUGGCAUAGUCCCCCCCACCGUGCACAGUCCUGCAUAAGGCCUCCUACCGUCCAAUAUGUGCCUCAGCUCCACCCCAUCCUUACCUCUCAGAUUAACUCUACUUUAAAGGAGGAACAUGUACGUAGUUGUUACUUACAUAAUUGUUAUAUACUUAAUUGUUACUUACGAAAAGAAUUAAGGAUGUUUAGAGCGCAACCCUUGCCAAUAAUUACUCAGCGGAGCUAAUCAGGAAGGUGGGCCUCUUUAUUUAUUUUCAUCACGAGCAUCGUGCUGGCGCGCCCUCACAUGUCCUUAUGUGUCCCACUUGCCCUCUCGUGUGGGUGUGGUUCCCAGCUGUCGUCAAAUCCCCCCUUCCCUCCUCAAUCACGACACUGUUCUUCCUCACAACCUCACCCACCCUCCACAGCUUAUGACUUCUCCCACCGCCAUAACACACGAACUGAAUAGCGUCGCAUGUCUCAGCCUCUCACGCCCGUCGGAGCAUCCAUCUGUCUCCGCUGGUCUACCUUCGCAUCAAAAGAAACGCAGUCAUUGAAUGUACAUAGGAUAUGCUGAUACAUAGGAUAUAUGCUGAUACAUAUUUUAUACUGAUACAAAGGAUAUAGUUUAUAAUGGAUGUGGCACCGUCCCUGACGCGGCAAGGCGCUGUGUUACAACUUUCUUCAUCUUCCUCCACUCACGCAUUUUUAUUUCAACUCACUCACUCUUUAGUCUCACUCGCUCACUCCUACUUCUCUGAACUGCUUCUAAAUGAUGGCAGUUUCACUGCCUGUGGCUCGCCUGUUGUAUGACUUGUUCUAAUUUAAUGGAAAUUUAAAGCUUCUACUAAGACAAAUUAAAUAAAACUUUGUA